AUGACCGAAGUUGGAUUAACUGCGAUCCUCUUAUUAACAGUGCAGUCCUUUCUUAUCAUCUUUAACAUUGUCGGGAACUCUUUGGUUUGCGCAAUCAUCGUGCGGAAUCAGGACAUGAGGUACGCUUGAGGAAAAAAUAAUGUAGUGGUUCCAUUCGCCACUUUAGAAACAAGAAGGCAACUGGAGCGGAAAUGUGUCCCGCAAUCGCUUCUGGGAUCGUUACUCGGGAUGCGCCGGUCAGCUAUUGGACAAUUUUUUUCCCCUGUCCUUAGUAACAGUCUCAUAGGACUUCGCAAAAGUUAAUUCCAGCCUGUUUCCUUUUCGUUUCUAAAAUGGAGAAUUGGCGUUGACAGCAACGUUCAGCUGUUCCCAGCACUUCCAUGCCAAUUAAUUAAAAAUUACUCCUCAAGCCCGAAUGGGCUCUGAGUCAAUAGCCCAUAAGACCGAAGGCCGAAUGGGCUAUUGACUUAGGGGCCAUGAGGGCGAGAGGAAUAAUUGUUUUAGUAAAAUCCCACUAGUGGUCAAAAAUAUCGAGACAAAACAACUUUAGCUGGUUAAGGCUAGACUUUAAUUCUUUUUUUGCCGCCAAAAAGCCGGCGCGUUUCGCUACUAGUGGGCUAUAACAUAUAGCCUAGUAGUAGCUCAACCAAUCAGAACGCAGUAAUAAUAGACUACUAGUUGGAUUUUACUAAAUGAAAUAUUCGUGCUUUAUUUUUCAGUUGGAUGGGUUUUCUUUUUUGCCUAGCAUGCGCCUGUAACUAUAACCGAUGCGCACGUGCCCCCUAGCGCUGUUUAUGUGUUCGGUGGUUCAGGCAAAAUAAAUCCUUUCACCUCAGUAGGACUCGAACCCACAACCUCCAGACUAGAUCUGCUGUUGUCUCUCUACCAAGUACGCUACGAGGCCUAGCGGCUUGAACAAGUCGAAACAGCAUCACCAUCAGAUCUAAUAAAGACAUCGAAUUCUCACCGACGUCAAUAGACCUUUUUCUUCAAAUCGGCGUGAUAUCCUCUAAUUCCCUCUCCUAGAUAUAGGGCUACUAACAAUCAACUCUCUUGAAGAAGGACACCUUCGGGGCCGGGCCUGCAUGUCUGUCCGUCUUAGAGAGGUGUCCGGCUUAUAGAGAGUCAAGGUAACGUGAUACCAGUAAAAACGUAAGCUGAACCCAUUCUCAUUGAAUACUCUUCUGUUUAACCAAUGUCAAGUGAAAUAAUUCUCUUAUUAACCAAUCAAAUCGUUUCAAGAAAACGUUCAUGGCUUCGUUGUACAAACGUGUAAUAGUAUAAAGCCGCAGGGAUCUGUGUAUCAUAAAAUUAAAAGUAAUGAAUUACCAGACGGAGCAUGAAGCGAACUCAGUGAGGAUCACUGAAAGAUUAUUUUUACAAGUGGUUUUGAUUUUUGCCGUCAUACAUUCCCCAUGUAAACAUGCACUUCGAAUAGAGUCGACGAUUAAACGUUCUGUGGACGAUUUGAAACUUUUGUAUAGUCAGCGCGGACAAAGCGCCAGGAUCAUUGGAUUUUUGUCAUCACGUUGGAGUGGAUUUCGCCACCUCAAGCAGCGCGGUGUUCCAAGGCGAUGACCUACGUAGCAACUAAAUAACGAGGAAUGCGUUAGUUCCGAAAUUUCAGUCUUCCUUUAUAACUUGUAUUACCAGGAGUGUUACCUGAUAAAAACUGGCACUUGAAAAGUUGAACAGUACAGAACAUUCGCUCGGCUGUGAAGCUAACUCAAAAGUAAUUACCAAGCGAGGAAUUUAUGACAUCGAGCUCCGGUCCAAACUAAGACACAGUUAUCUUGAAGAAAAACGAAGUGGAUUGUAUCUGCGCCUAAAUAAUCAUGACUGACUAACAGGGCAAUUCUUAGAAGUCAGUAUAGCUUCAGUUUAAGAUACAAUUCUUUCCUUUAGAUUCGCAUCUGUAGAUCACUUUUCGUUACAAACGAGCUGGGCCCGGUGUAAUAAAACAUAGAAGGGAAUCAUCACUGACGGACAAAACAACUACAAGUAUUUAUUCAGGUAAACGAAUUUCGGAAAAAAAGAAUUAAAAACUAAAACCUUGAUUAAUAUAAAGGGUCAUUUAGCCGAAACAAAAUACAACGCUUAAAAAAAUUGACUAAAGCAAACCGGUGCUAGAAUCGAAUCCUGUCAGAACUACAGACAAUAAUUUGCAGGAAACAGUUAAUCAAUAUGCAUGGAACAGACCAGCUUCAUUUACACAGUCAGAGUUUAAAAUUCUCCACAGUGUAGUCUACACGCUAGAACGAAAAGAUAAAAAAUCUCUGCGGGAUUUUAUAGAGCAAAACGCUAAAGUCACGUUUCACUAGCUUAUGAUUGAUUCCUCAUGUGCUGUUUGAUGAAGAACAAUAGUGCUUUUUUAGGUAUGGGGCUGCGCUCGCGUUCGUGGAGCUCCGCUAUUAAUUGCCAACUUAUAUUCUCCAAUAUGGAGUAGAGUUUCUUGUGUGAUCAGGAAACGCCACAGCGGCAGAACCAUUAGACUGAAAUCUCGUGUCCAUGCGUGUGGUUGAUAUUCAACGUGUUAAUAAAAAAAUCACUGCAUAUUAUAGAAACACGAAUGUUAAAAACAACAACAACAACAACCACAAAGGAAAUUAAUCCACCAUUGCAUGCAACCUCUCCACUAAAAACUCAUAUAUUAUUUUCCUUGUUUUAACUUCCAAAGGACGUCAAUAAACUUUCUACUCAUGAACUUGGCGGUAGCAGAUAUGACCGUAGCCACGUUUUUUGCACCGCAAUACGUUUUGACACACGCCUUCACCCAUCCAGAUGGAUUAACUGGCACAAUACUGUGCAGACUACUGACUGGCGGAAAUUUAGGUUGGAUAGGAGCUGCUGCGUCAGUGUUCACCUUGGUUGUGACAUCAAUUGAACGAUAUUACGCAGUGCUAUAUCCUCAUGAAAACAAUGGAAGAAUUUCUAACCGCAAGCUCAAGGUAUUUUUGAUUAACUCUAAGGUUUAACUUAUAAAUGGCAUUAUUAAUUUUGUUUUUGCGUGUAACACCUGUCAAGUAGCAUUCUCAUUCCCAGUCUGCCUCAACGAGUUUGGGUGUGACAUUUCAUCGCGAGAGUUGACCUACGAACCAUUAGAAAACAACGGGCCGAAAAAUACAAAGUAGCAGCGCUUCGACCGUUUUUAAAUUUUUUAUUAGUGGUACACAAUGAUAGCCUUCUUGUCUAAAUCAAGUCUUAGCAGACCAUAUAUACGUUUUCUUUAAUAUCAUUUCAGGUGAUUAUACCUUGUUCUUGGAUAUUUGGAGUGGUAAUCAAUAUCCCGGGGUUUAUCUGUGCGAAUUAUGUUAAGGCUGAGCAAGCUUGUGCUUAUGUGUGCCCUGAAGAAUGGAUCGGCCAGCUCUAUAGUUCCACUUGGUGUUUGUUGGUAGCAUUUCUGCCGGUGUGUUUGAUGACUUCUUUGUACUCCCGUGUCGUGGUCACUUUGUGGUUCAAAAGUGCAAAGUCCGAUGAAAACAGCAGUCAGCAACUACAGGUGUGAAACAAUACUGACAUUAGUUCAGUUCAGUAAUAACAGUAGUGGGGGUAGUAGUAGUGGUGGUGACGGUUGUGAUGAUUAUGGUUAUGGUGAGUGGUGGUGGUGGUGGGGAUGGUGAAAGUAGUAGUUGGGAUGGAGAUGGUGGUAGUAGUAGUGGUGGUAAUGUUAGUGACUGGAGAUUGUGUUGAUGGUGGUGGUGGUGAGUUGUGGUGGCGGUGGGGAUGGUGGAAGUAGUAGUUGGGAUGGAGAUGGUGGUAGUAGUAGUGGUGGUAAUGUUAGUGACUGGAGAUUGUGUUGAUGGUGGCGGUGGUGAGUUGUGGUGGCGGUGGGGAUGGUGAAAGUAGUAGUUGGGGUGGAGAUGGUGGUGGUAGUAGUGGUGGUAAUGUUAGUGACUGGUGGUGGUGUUGAUGGUGGUGGUGGUGAGUUGUGGUGGCGGUGGUGGUGGUGGUAGUGAUAGUGGUACUGCAGUAGUGGUGGUCAUGGUAAUAGCGGUGGGCGGUAGUGGUGGUGGUGGUGGUCAUGGUGGCUGCGUAGUUUUGGUGGAGGAGGUGGUGGUAGUAGCAGUAUUUGUUGUUGGUGGUGCUGGUGUUGUUUUACAUAAAGUAUAACUAAAAUUAUUUUACUUUGUAAUCUUUGAAACAAAAACUGUUGGUUACAGUUUAAUGUAGUAGUAUCGUUGCACAGACCUGAAACGAUUACCAAGCAAGAGACUGAUUGUUUAAACUGGAUUGCAUUUGACAAAUCGAAAUUAGGGCAAUGAUUUUAUCCUAUUUCCCGUUAUUUUCUCCCUUUACAUAUUACUAAACUAGGCUGUAGUAUUGAGAGCUAGAAGGAUCUGUAACAAAGCAAAUUGUAACAAUUCAACUCUUAUUUGACGGGUUUAUUAAGUAAGUCACUCUGGUAGUAAAAGUUGUCGCGGUGGUGCCAACAGCGGAAGUGACUGUGUAGUGGUACUGAUAGUAUAAUGCUAGAAGUUGAGAUAAAUAUAGCACUCGUUAUAAGAGCAGCAGACAAUAUCACGUUGUGCGCAAUUACAUUAUCAUAAAUCUUCUAUUACCCUCUCCCCGUCUCUAUUAAGCCCCACCCCCUCAAACGUUCUUGAAAUAAAUUAGCCCCGGGGAGGCUUAGUAGAGACUAGAUUUAUUGUCAAAAAGGGAUAACCCCUUAUAUAAGCCAUAUAGGUAUGUGCAGCCCCAAGGGGUAUGGUUUUUGCGCCGGUACGAUCUGACAACGGGUACAGACUUUGCCCUUUCUUUUCUUUCGAGGGAAUUACGGGAGUGUAAGAACGUCUUUGUCGUUUUUGAGUGAGAAAGGGUGAUAUACGAAUUCGAAAGGUAGUUGAAGGAAUCUUUUUUUUUGGCGUUCUAAUCUAAGUAAUAAUGACAUAAUUGCGCGUUUGUGACCGGCCCCUGCCAAGUAAAGUCUAUAGGCCAGGUUUGAAAACGGGUAUGGAUUUUAGAAGCCAGGUGACAGAACAGUGUGAAAAUGACACUUUUUGGCUUAAAUAAGGUUAGGAUUUUAAGAACUAGGCGGCACACCUCCACCAGGAAAUCCCGGAGUAACUCCGCGUUUACGGUAUACAAAUUGUUUUUAUUUUUUUAGGGUGUGAUAAAGGUGCGAAAAAGAGUUACUUUGAUGGUGCUGAUUAUCAGUUUCAUUUUUGGGGUGUGCUGGUUAACCGACUCAGCUAAUUACGUCGCCUACUACUUUUUCUCCUAUCCUGCAUUCUUACCAUACGCAGCAUCUAACACGAUGAUCUUGUUCAAUUCUGCUAUCAAUCCAGUGGUGUACGCCUUAGUCAACCUGAGAUUCAGGCAAAAAGUGAGGGGAAUGUUGUGCGGCAAUUGCUAUAAGGCGUCUUCCACGGUGCAUCCGUCAAGAGGAACUUACGAAAUGGAAGUUACUAACGGCCGAAUCCAAGAGACAGAUGAAGUCUGCACUGGAUGA